AUGACAUCCCUAGUUCAUGCCAAUACACGACCACCGUUCUGGACACGACUGACAUCUAGAAGAAAGAUAUGGGUCGGCGACGGAUCAACGGACGCGUCGCUUCAGGCGAGCCCCGACGACAACGGCAUCAUCGUCGCGCUCGCUUCCGGUAAACCCACGGUUCCGUUCACGGCGUAUCAAACUGUGGAUGGUAGGGAUACGCCACAAGCUUUUUAUUUUGUGGCGACCGUCACGGCGUUGGAAGGUCAUCUAUCGGUUGGCGUUGCGACGCCUGCACGCGUCCGCCACGGCUACCAAACGCGCGGUUUGUUCUACAACGGCAACCUGACCAACGGAGCAGCCGCCUUACGGACCUCCGUCGGUCCUUACGUACAAACCGGUAGCCGUGUGGGGAUCUUGUGGGAGUCUUUCGUUAAAGACGAUGAGUCUACCCGUAUCCGUGUGGUCGUGUACGUCAACGACGUUUGUGUCGGAUUGGCCUUUGACGUGGCCGCGGAACGCGACGGCGUAACGUAUUGUCCUUGCUUGCACGUGACGGGGAAGGCCACCGUUCGACUGGAGUUUCCGGAGACUGUACCUACCGUGCGCACUCGGCAAUCUGUACCACCUCCCGUGGCGUCCUACGUAGGCGAGUGGCAACUCGCGCAAGCCUUGGUGGGACCGGAACUCGGCGAACUUACUCUGCCUACGGGAAUGGUGAUCGUCGCUCAAAUCACCGUGCCUUCGCCAGUAGACGCGGGUGAGCGAGACGCCACUCGUCACGCAUGCUACCGACUGUCCAUAAAGGUGGCUAACACGCUGCACGCUACUUUGCAACUUACCGGCGACACGUUGGAAGCCUUUGACGGAGUUCGUCUGGUCGGUUCCGUGGCAUCGACCCGGAUGAUGGGACCGCCACCGAUGCAAGCGUUGGAACAGACCUUGUGCCAGAAUCUUCCCACCGUCACCAAAAUGAAACUGACUACCCAAGGUUGGCUCUUGUCGGGACCGACCAUGGAAUUGCACUGGGUUCCCCACGAAACGACCUUACAACCUGUCACUGCAUAUUUGUAG